AUGUCGGACAUCAGGAAUCAUCAUUUGAACUCUUCUGAAGACAUGUCACACGUUACUAUGAGUACUACGCACCUGUCAGACACAGAAAGUGACUUUGAUGUUCUGGGUGGCGAUCCAGAACAUAUUUCUAUACCUGGCCCCAGUGCGUCUAAAGGGGAACUCUUGGAGACUCUCAAAGCGCUGCAAGUCCAAAUGCAGCGGCUUCAAGCAGAGAACAAGAGUAUCAAAGAGGAGAAUAAGACACUGCACGCUGACAAGCCCAAAUGGAAGCGAUGUGCCGAUACACAGCAUGAGUUUAGCGUCCACGAGGACACCAUUACCAUAUAUGCCCACAAGUAUGACAUGAUGGUUGAAAUGUUUCCUAGCAGUGAACUCCUCAACAAGAAACGUCCAGCAUCCCCGACUGCUUUCGAUAGCUCCGAACGAUAUGUGACUGCAGCCAUGGAGGAAUCUGCAUUCUUAGACGAACUUUAUCGUCACUUCCCUGAAUCACUCCACAAAGUCAUGGAAAGCUCUUACUUUAGUGAUCUGGUACUGAAAAGUAUUCCCAACGCCUGUGCUAACGAAAUCAAAAAGCUUCAUGGCGUCACUGGUGAUAUCUUUGGCCUUCCUGCAAAAUAUUUCACCAAUCCUCAAUACGACAGAGCGUCUGUCCCCGAAAUCCGACAGCUACUUGGCAUUACAUCCACUUCAAAUGUGGUCUACAAAACUUUUCCCCCAGUGUUAUUUCCGAAGUUGAUAGAAGACAAGUCGCUUAAGACCAUGUUUGGAAAUUGGGAGCUAUUGGCUCGAAUUUUGAAAGCUUCAUUGUGUGGAGUUGCCUCGCUCCAUCAAGAGUCGAGUGGUGGCGGCGCCCAUACUAACUCUCUCAAAUGGAGUGUCCACCAAAUCAUGCCAGGGUCAAUAGUGUGGGCGGCAGUCAUCGUAAUCUUUUUACUGUCACCAGACACCGAAUUUUCGAGCAGCGGCACUGGGAAGAAAUCCAACAUCUGUUACUGGAAUCUGUUCCACCUCUACAAGAAAGUCCUUGUAACUAAGUGGGCUACGAAGUGCAUUGCUACCAUUGUCACCAGCAUCAAUCAUUACAUUUUCAAGGCUGCAAAAGCUUCAGCCUUCGAUUCUGCUGAACAAGAUGAUCACGCAGAUGCAAUCAAUCGCGCACUUGCAGUGCUCGAUAUGGACAGUGAUUCUGAAUCAGACGCCGAGUUGCACAAUCCUGUCGAGGACCCCAACCUUACUGAACCUGAUGCUACCACCAGUACCAAAGCAGGAGAUUCAGAGCUCCAGGAUUCACAUGUUUCUGACCCGGAUAUUUUAGGAGCAACAGUGGAUGAGGGCGGGGAAAAACGAGAGGGAGGAAGGCAGCAGCUUCUGGAGGCACAGUUUGUUGAGGAUGGUCUCGCAAAUAGUCAGUAA